AUGUGCGAAAAACACAACAGGAUAUGUCCCGGAUACAGAAACAUCGUCGAUUUGAUGUUCCGCGAUGAGAGCGAACACGUCAUCAGGAGGGCAACGAAGUCGAGGUCGAGGGCAGCGAGACCCAAGUCCACCUCACCAACGAGCGGGACGAAGAAGAGCAAGGACCCGCAGAAACAAGACCGCCGAGCUCGUUCUGCCGCAAGAGGCUCCGCUUCGCCUGGUGCUGCUAGUGCCGUCCCGGAUUCGCCUGGGGACGACUCCCCGAACAUUACGAGCCCUGGGUCUAUCCCCAUUCAGCGACGUCGAGCGAGGCUAUCACCUACCGAUGCCAUGUUGGAACCGACGCUCAAGUCUCUAUCGAUCUUGACCCCACCCCCGAUAGCAGGCCCGGCCGACUACUUUUCUCGUACAUCUGAGAUGGAGUCAAGCGAGGAGGAAGACCUAUUCCUACCGUCUCCCGAGGAGGACACUUGGCCGCUGCCCCCACCGUCUGCCCUCGACUAUACCCUCUCUCCGUCGUUUCAAGAGCAGGGCGUCGCGUUCUUCUUUUCUAGAUACGUCACCGCAGCCGAAGAGACAAUUGAUCAUCACAAUUUCGACUUUAUCUACGAAGUGUGGCAGCCGUCUCGUGGGAUGCAGGAUCGGCGCGUUGACGCUGUGCUGGCGAGCAUGACGGCGGUUGGACUCGCGGCGAUGGCCACCCUUACCGGAUCUCCCGAGAGGCUCGACUGGGCUAGGCAGAGCUACAUCACCGCGCUACGCCUCAUCAAUGAUGCCUUGGUGAACCCGGAGGAGGCGACUAAAGACAGAACUCUUCUUGCCGUGCUGAUUCUCGGAACCUAUGAGAUGUUGACAGGCUCCUCGCCGGACACAAUGCAAGCGUGGCAAGGGCACAUGCAAGGCGCUGCGGCUCUCGCGAAGCUUCGAGGGCCCGAUCAAUUCAAGUCAAAAGUUGGCGUGCGAAUGUUCCUCAUGCUUUGUCGUUCCAUAACCAUGAGCUGCCUCCACCGAGAUGUACCCAUUCCGGAGACCCUGAUUGAACUCAGGAACGAUCUGGAAGUUGCGCUCGUUCCGGUCAGCAGCAAGCUGUCGAUGGCCUCGCCGAUGUACAACAUGCUGCAGCUCAGACAUGACAUGAGAUGUGGUAGGCUUAGUGGUACUCAAAACAUUGUUCAUGCUCUUUUAACCCUAGAUGACGAGUAUAUCACGCUUAUGACAAGCUUGCCAGACCAGUGGCAGUACAACGUAGUCGAGCUCUCUACCCCGAACCCCAUCGCCUUUGCCUCCGUAUGCCACGUCUACACCUCGACCGAGAACGCCACCACCUGGAAUGGACUUCGAUCUUCUCGAAUGCUCGUCCAUGAAACGAUUCUCUCCGAGCUUUCUCGCUUUAUUGAAGGACGCAAAUUCAAGAUGGUACCGAUGGAGUACAAAGUGCAGCUUGCCAGGUCCUGUCGUCUCCUGAAGCAGCUCCGCGAUGCCACACUCGCAAGCAUUCCUCAGCAUUUUGGCGUGGUGAGCUCCCGUGAUAUCAGAACCUCCGAGCCCAGCCUUGAUUCGGCCUACUUCGGGCCAAUCUCCAUCACUGUUGCGAAUGACGCGCCCUAUCAAGUUGUCUCAUCGCCACCGUCCACAAUUUCUGUCCACCCCUCGCCCUCACCUUCUCCUUUCACUCCCGCCUCGGACACUUUCGGACGCCGCCCUCGUCCAUUUACCCCCACGAUCCUGGAUCUGCUUGGGCCUACCGAUGACUGUGUCGACACUGAUUCGCUCUUCAUGGCCCUUUCUUCGUGUCGUAGCCCGAUUGUCUGGCCACUCUACCUCCUUGGUGUCUCGUCAACGUGCACCCCUGCCGUCCGGCAGUAUGUAUUGGAUAGACUUACGGCCGUGUAUAUGGAGACCGGUCUUGUUCAAGCCAAGAAUGUGGCAGAUGCCGUGGCGGCAAGGAGCUCCCCUUGA